CGGACAGCGCCCGAAUGAACUCGCGCGCAGAUUCUGGCAUCGCACAUCGCCGCGUCAGCACCGAGUCUAAACGGAGGGACUUCAGAAGGAAAAAACAAACCCAGUAGAAAACACAAACUCUCCGGACCUGUAGCUCGGUGGACACCCGCUGUUUAAUUCCGCUGACAAGUCAGGAGCCGCUCGCUCCCUCGAAUGCCUCAGCAACAGGGCAGCAGCAUGUCUGAAAAGAAAUCCAGUCAGCGGUUUCACAGCCUGAACACUGAGCAGGUGGAGGUUCUCCAUCAGGUUCUUUCAGAGGUGGUUCCCAUUCAUGGCCGUGGGAACUUUCCCACAUUGGAGCUGCGACCUCGUGACAUCAUCAUAGCUGUGCGGGCCAGGCUACAGAAGCAGGGAAUCACGGUCAGAGAUGUUCGCCUAAACGGCUCCACGGCCAGUCACGUCCUUGUUCGAGACAACGGAACGAGCUACAAGGACUUGGACAUCAUCUUUGGAGUGGAGUUGCCCAGUCAAGAGGAGUUCCAGGUGAUCAAAGAGUCAGUGCUGGGCUGUUUGCUGGACUUCCUGCCUGCUGCGGUCAACAGGGAACGGAUCAGCAAUGCCACAAUGAAGGAGGCCUAUGUCCAGAAAAUGGUCAAAGUCUUCAACGAACAUGACCGCUGGAGCCUCAUCUCCCUCUCAAACAACAGUGGCAAAAACCUGGAGCUCAAAUUUGUGAGUGCGCUGAGGCGGCAGUUUGAGUUCAGCGUAGACUCCUUCCAGAUCAUUCUGGACCGUCUCCUAGAGUCUUACAUGCAGCAGGACUCACAGCGCAAAAUGAAUAAAUGUGACUCUCCUCAGGCAUCUGACUCAGUCCCUGCUGUCGAAGUCCUGGCGGAGAGCAUGUAUGGUGACUUUGAGGCAGCCAUGGAUCACCUGCGCUACCGCCUGAUCGCUACCAGGAACCCUGAGGAGAUUCGAGGUGGUGGCUUGCUGAAAUACAGCAACCUGUUGGUCAGAGACUACCGACCAGCCAGCGAGACUCAGAUAAAGACACUGGAGCGCUACAUGUGCUCACGCUUUUUUAUUGAUUUCCCAGACGUGCAGGAACAACAGAGGAAGAUCCUAUCCUACUUGAAGAACCAUUUUAUUGGUGAGGAGAGAAGCAAGUACCAAUACUUGAUGACGCUGCGUCGUGUGGUAGAUGACAGCACGGUGUGUCUGAUGGGACAUGAGAGGCGUCAGACACUGAAUAUGAUCACAGUGCUGGCACUGAAGGUUCUAGGAGAGCAGAACAUAAUACCCAACACAGACCAUGUGACAUGCUUCUAUCAGCCUGCCCCCUACCUUGCUGAGCACACUGCCCCCUAUCUCGCAGAACCCAGCUACUGCAGCUACUACAUACCCCAAGGGGGAUCAACUCUGCUAUACCAACCUUACCCCUUACACCUGCACCCACAAACUGGACUUGUGUAAAACAUGCAUGGAUAUACAUGUACUUACACAAAAUACACAGUUGAGCUACCAAGGUGGUGCUUGCCCCGAAGAAAAAGCUUGAGAAUGGAAAUAUAAUCCAGGGAUAAACUGUUUGGUCUAUAAUAGACCUAUGGGGGUGGGAUUGAGUGGGUUUUUACACUAAACUCCCUAAGUACUCUGUAAGGUUCUAACAUGAUUAUAUGUAAUUAUCUGGGCUUUGUGGAAAAUAAUAAUUCUUCCGAUAUUGUUAAAAAUUCCAGAAAAUGCUGUAUGCACUAUACAUGAGUCAUAGGCCUUUGGUCUCCCUGGGAAACCAACUGUGCUGCUGACAUUCACACACAUGCACACACACACUGACACAUGCACACACACACACACACAUGCAAACACACUUCCAGGUUCUUAAAUUCUUGUACACGCUUUUCAUGUUCUUACUGUGUUGUUCUUAAUGGGUUUGUUCAGAAUGUGGACCUUGCCUGUGGUUGAUAUUGUGCAUGGAUAAAUUAGGACUGUUCACUGCCAAAUACUGUGUGACUACUAUGCUUCUUAAACAGUUUAAUGUAACUUUGUUAUUCCUUUACUGAAGGGGGUGUAUUCCAAAAAAGGACAGAGGGACAAGUAUACCAGUGUGUACAGUAUUUUCAUCAAAACACACACACACACACACACACACGCACACACACACACGCACACACACACACACACACACACUGUGUGUCUGUGUGUAUUACUGUAUGCACACGGAGUUAGACAAUGCAUGAGUAGCUUAAAAAGUCACAUCUAAAAUCAAAGCAAGGCUUUUAAUUUAUUAAAAAUUGAUCUAUUUUUGCAAGACUUUCCGAGAUUAUACUCAGUGGUAAACAGACUGGUUAGUUCCUACAAAAAAAUGCUAACAACAAUGCCUUUGGAAUAGACUGUACAGCGUAUUGAUUACAGUAUAUUGUGUGAAAAUACACUGCAUUGUUUUCAGGUAAACUGUGUUAAGAUGUGCUGCUUGAUUCCUUUCUGUUGUGGAGUCCUUUCUGUAAUCAUGUGAAGUAUUGUAUCAUCUAGUGUUAAUUUAAUUAAUACUGUGGUUUACUCUAUGGAGGUGGUCAGGUUAUAACCAUCUUUGGGUCAUCUCUAAACCUGGCAGAUGCAGCUCUGUCUUAACCGAAUUGCUUUUAAACUCAUACGACUCCUCUCAGCGUAAAUCAGCUUCAGCUGAUUCACACUAGAAUCAACGUGAAUCAAGUUUGGAUCCACCUCAAACCUGUUUGAAUCUCAGUUUGAAACUGUGCAACAGCAACUAUGACCAAAGAUGGUUGGUAGGGAAUUCAAGUGCCUAAAUGUGAGACAUCAUUGGCAUGUCUUUAUCUCACUGCACUGGGGGUGUU